AUGCCGCCUAUAUCAGACAAUACUACCGGAUCAACACAAAAUUCACGUAUUGUACGAGUUCGUGAUUUACCAAUUUAUUAUGAUGUAAAAAAUGAUGAUACUUAUCGAUCUGUUCCACAAACAAAUGAUAAUCAAUUAAAAACAAAUACUACUAAGAAUAAGAAUUGGCUUUACCCGUAUGUCAGUCAAAUAAGACAAUCAGUACAAGAAACAUGGAAUGAUAAUGAGGCAUUACGUUCAAGAAUUGCUCGUGGAAUUGAAACUGGAGGAGCACAUGCUAAAACUACAAUUGAUUAUAUACAUGAUGAUCAAACUUUUCUACCAAAAGUUGGUGUUGUUACUAUAGCUGGUCUUGGUGGUCUUCUUCUUGGUCAUAAAGGUGGUCCAAUACGAAAAACAUUUUAUUCAUCAGUAGCUGCUCUUGUUGCAUUAAGUGCUUGUUAUCCAAAACAAUCAGCAAAUUUACUUGAUCAAGUUUAUAUUCGAAUUAAAGAUCAAUCAAAAAAUCUUUUCGAUAAUAAAACAAAAUCAAAUAUACCAUCAGUUUUAGUAAAUAAAGAUCGUAUUUUACAUACAACAAAAACAAAAAAUGAAUCAAUUAUUAAUGUUAAAGGUGAUUAUGGACAAGGUACACCAGCUGAUCAACAUUUAUAUACAACACGUGGUACAAAAUAA